AUAAUUCCACUCAAAUGCAUUAAAACAAAAGUAACGAGCCUGUUUUGAAUACGUAAGGAGGUCGAAAUUGCAGAUAUUUGUAAAAAUUUGUCACAUAAAUAAAUGCUCAAGUAAAGAAUAGACACCCUAAAAAAUCUGUAACAACGUAUUUGAACUUCUUUACUUCCCACCUCCGGUCAAUAAAAACAUAUAAGUAUAGAUGUAGCCUGAGCAGCUCCUGGAGUUUCACUGAGCAUCUCAGACUUUCUGAUGCUGCCUUUGUCCUUCAGGGUUUCCCCCCUCCUCAGCGGUGUGGCACUAACCACCCCCCAUACUUCCUACCCUCCCCCUCCCCUCUAGUUUCCACGCAGGAACAGCCCUGCGUGUUUUUCUACGGAGGUGAAGUGCACCGUGCGUUUCCCCCACAAGCCUGGGAAUGGAUCUGAAGCUCUGAGAACAUCUCGGGAUCCAGUGACUCCAGUGUUUGUUCUUCACAUCAUCCCCAGCAGCAGCAGCAUCAUCAUCCCAGAGAAGAUGGGCUGCUGCUCCGCAAGAUGCAUGCUGGUCCUCCUGUGCUCUCUGCAGCUGAUUACAGCUGUGGAGAGGCAGGUGUUUGACUUCCUCGGUUACCAGUGGGCUCCCAUCAUGAUCAACUUCUUCCACAUCAUCGUGGUCAUCCUGGGCCUGUUCGGCACCAUCCAGUACAGAUCUCGAUACGUCAUCGUGUACCUGCUCUGGACGUUGUUGUGGGUCGGCUGGAAUGUCUUUGUGAGCUGCCUCUACUUGGAUCUGGGAGGACUUUCAAAGGACAGCGACAUCCUGACCCUCAGCGUGUCGUCACAUCGCUCCUGGUGGAAGGACAACGGGCCGGGGUGCGAGCGCGAGGGCCUUCCCUCCACCGGGUGGGACAAUCAGCAGAACCCUGAGCUGACCACGGUGCUGAGCUGCUGGCUGGAGUACCAGUACAUAGAAAUCCUGCACUGCAUCAUCCAGCUGCUCAUAUCACUCCUGGGGUUUGUUUAUGGCUGCUAUGUUGUCAGCACUUUUUCAGAAGAGGAAGACAGUUUUAAUUUCAAUGCUGAUUUCCAUCAUCCAUCCAAACCCCCUCACUUGCUCUUCUAGUGAACACUAGACUUGAUGGAUUAUAAAUAACCUCAAAAGAAAGAGGUUGGGAAAAGCAGCGAAGGAACCAGUCAGAAGAUGAAACAACUUUGAAGACUCAUCGUGCAUCAGCUUCAGUCUGUUUGUGAAUAAAACACUGUCCAGAGUCAAGAGGAGAAUUUCCAGUAUAUCACUGUAGAAAAUACAUAUAUCUAUUUAUGAUGUGUUUUCCUCUAGCGCCAAGUGCUGUGAAUCUGAACGCGCGUGUGUGUGUGUGGGUGCUUGGGUUUAACACAGUUAUCUUAAAGAAAAUAAGAAGCUGUUUCUUAUGUAAAAUGUAUAAAUUAUUUCUGUGUCAUUUCAGUUAGAAAAAGUAACCACAAGUUCUGUAGAGUAAGAUAUAUGUAGAUUAUAUAAUUCAGUGAAAUAAACCACAUCUACGACAAACCACAA